UCUAUUCUAGAUUGUGUUCUACAUGCAGUCGACUCCACUAAUUCAAGGAUUCAACGUCUCCCAAAACAAAACAACACGAAACAAUGAAAUAUAAAAAGUGAGAAGUGGAGAAAGCAGUCUGUAAUGGUUACCAAUUCUUUGAUCGGCUGCAUUUCUUUAUGGCAAGAUAUAGAGGAAGUACAAAGAACAGAUUCAAAGAAAAAGGGCUAAACUUCAAAAGGUCCAAACUAAACCUUCCUCAACCUGCACUCCAAACCUUUUACAUUUCCCACGCACAAAGUAAGGAAUUUUCUGGGGUAUUCUUCUUCAUCAAGGGGCUGCCAAGAAUCAUUCACCAACUCCCACCCACCUUCAUGGAGAAGAACAAUGCUGCUGUGGCCGCUGCCAACGCUGCUUCUAUAUUCAGUGCAGCAAUUGCACUUCUCCUUGCUUCAAUCCUUAUUCCAGGAGUGGAAGCAACGCUCGGGGUGAACUACGGGACGGUGGCGGACAACCUUCCGCCGCCAUCCCAAGUCGCUCAUUUCCUCCUAGAAUCCACCAUUAUCAACCGCGUGAGGCUCUUCGACGCCAACCCGGAAAUAAUCCAAGCCUUCGCUCACACCGGAAUAGCCCUUUCAAUUACUAUACCAAACGAUCAAAUACCACUCCUCACCAAUCGUUCUUUUGCUCGGCAAUGGGUGGAAAUCAACAUCACCCCUCACGUCCCUGCCGUCAAUAUAGUCAGGGUCUUGGUCGGGAACGAAGUGAUAUCCACAGCCAACAAAUUGCUAAUCGCAACCCUCGUGCCUGCAAUGCAAACCCUCCACACGGUCCUUGUCGGAGAGUCGCUCGAUCGCCGGAUUGAAGUAUCAACACCAAAUUCCCUCGGCAUACUUUCCUCUUCAGCACCACCGUCCUCCGGAAAAUUCCGACAAGGGUACGACACACAUGUGAUCAAGCCAUUACUCAGCUUCUUAAGGGCCACAAACUCUCCAUUCAUGAUCAACCCGUAUCCCUUUUUCGGUUGCUCCGAAAACACUCUCGAUUACGCCCUGUUUCGGCCCAACCCCGGGGUGUUCGAUGAAACGACACAACAAACUUACACAAACAUGUUAGAUGCGCAAUUAGACGCCGUCUUCUCAGCAAUGAAACUCCUUGAUUUUCCCGACGUCGACAUUGUUAUAGCCGAGACAGGGUGGCCAUCGGAAGGCGAUCCGGGUCAGGUCGGUGUUGAUGCGGAGAGUGCAGCUGAAUUCAAUUCAAAAUUAAUUCAACAUGUUAUGUCUGGUUUGGGCACGCCGUUAAUGCCAAACAGGACGUUUGAGACGUACAUUUUUGCGCUCUUCAAUGAAGAUCUAAAGCCAGGGCCAACAAGUGAGAGGAAUUUCGGGCUUUUCGAGCCCGACAUGAAACCCGUUUACGAUGUCGGGAUAAUGAGGCAAAGGGUUAGCUCUGAUCUUCCCUCAAACCCAGCACCGGUAGUUGCGCCGCCAGUGGGACCUUCUCCGGCAGCUAAAGGAAAACAGUGGUGUGUUCCAAAAUCAGGAGCUGAGGCUGCAGCGUUGCAGCGGAACAUAGACUAUGUAUGUGGGUUGGGUUGGGAAUACUGCAGAGCUAUACAAGAAGGGGGUGAUUGCUUUUUCCCUAACACCGUUCGAGCGCAUGCGGAAUAUGCCAUGAAUGCAUAUUACCAAGCAAUGGGAAGGAGUAAAUUCGACUGCGAUUUUGAGCAGACUGGAGCCAUCACCAAUAUCGAUCCAAGCUACGGUGGAUGCAAAUACUGACUUGAAUAGUGGAGCAACAAAGAUGAUCAAGAACAUCAUAUCUACAUUUGACCAUGCACUUUAUUUCUUUUGGUUCUUUCGAAUUAUUCUUGUGUUCUUGGAACUUGCUGUAAAACUAACGUUCUUGUGUUCUUGGAACUUGCUGUAAAACUAACGUUAUAGGAGAUGCUUAUUAUUGAUCAGACUGCAAAUUCACCACUUGUCUCCAGGAACUAAACUUAUCUCAAUUUUUUUGUUGUUGAUGAAUUAGUGAACCAGUUGUUAAGUUCAAUAAUACAAACAAAUUUCGACA